UCUAUUACUUCAACCCUUAAAGAAGUUGUUAGUCUUUCAAAACUUUCACUCACAAACAACGGCCACUGAGACGAAACUCUAAAAGCUUCCAUUUCUCUGUUACGAUUCUCUAGUUGCAAGUGCAAGCUUAGACAUUGAAGAAACCCUUUUGUUGCCUAAGACCUAGUUGUGAAAGAAGAGCCAAGAAUCAUCUUAAAAAAUGAAAAGGACCAGAGAAAUAGAGAAGGGAUCAGAGAUCAAGUCUGCAAUUGAAGAACUUUCGAUGCUGAUCAAACUCAAGCCUACAGGUGACAAUCACGAUAGGACUACUGUUCAUAUACCCACAAGGCCUUUUAUGUAUGUCUGCAACCUUGUUAUUCAGGUUCUUGAUAAGAUAGGCCCAACAAUGACAGUUUUGAGACAAGAUAUUGAUCAGAAUAUUCAGAGAUUGAAGAUGCUAUGUGAUUCUGAUCCUUCAAUGUACUCCAAUUUGGUUGAGAUUUUAAAGAAAGAGGCCGAUGAAGGCGGUGCAAGAAAGGGUGCCAGCUGCAGUAAAGCCUCUGUUUGGCUUGCCAGAUCCUUGGAUUUUACGGUUGCUUUGUUAGAAAGGUUAGUGGCGGAUCCUGGUCAGGAAAUGGAGAAACUCGUGGAAGAAUCUUACAACAUCACUUUAAAGCCAUGGCAUGGUUGGAUUUCAUCAGCCGCUUAUAAAGUAGCUCUUAAAUUAGUACCUGAUAAUAAAACCUUGAUUGAUCUGCUCAUGCCAAAAGACGAAACCUACGACACCCUUAAAGAGGAUGUGCAAACAUUGAUCUCACUACUUGUGCCUUUUUUAGAAGAGAUCCACUCUGUUCUGAUAUUGUACGGGUUGGAUAGGUUGAAGUCCACUUAAGGUGAAAACACACGAAGAUGGGCGAAAAAACACACGAAGAAAGCAAAGCAAAUUUACAGAGUUUGUCUUUUACAUAACUUCUAGUUUUCUUCUUAGUUUCUUUCGUGUAACUAUGAGUUUUGUGAAUAGCUGAUCGAGUUAUGUGGGAAAUAUGCUGUAACACUAACUUACUGUAAUGUCCACAAACUGUAUCUUGAAAAAAUGUCCAUAUCUGGCCGGAAAGGCAUUUUGUUUA